GGGAGGGGGUGUGGGUGAAAGAAACAGAGAGACGUUGACAAACACACCAUAAGUGGAGGAGACCGGAAGAGUGAAGGAAGCCAUCUUGGUUCCACUUUGACAUGUCGGUGUACACGACGACUUGAGAGCCCGAGAUAAGUUUUUUUUGUUUGUUUAGUUUUUUUUUUGGAGAGAGGCGAGUCCGUUUUAGGAAGUACAACCACUCAUUGACAGUGAAGUUUGGCCAAUCCAGAGGGCGGAGCCUGGAUGUCCAGCUUGGAAACAGGAAGAACUCAAGAGGUCCCCUGAAUAAAUAUCAAGACUUCCGUCUGCUGAGACCUGGCGAGGACGUACGAUGAGUGGUGGACGAGUGCCAUCCAGGUCAGAGGUCAUGGAGUGGAGCCCUCAGCAGCUGGCUGAGUACCUGAGGAAGAUGAACCUGUCCGACUGUGAUCGAACGGUGUUGAAGAACUCCAUCAAUGGAAUUCGAUUUGUGAAUCUGAGUGACAAUGACUUGCAGAAAUUCCCCAAACUUCACACACCGAUUAUUUCGAAGCUCAGUGCUGACAUCAGCAAGAAGGAAGAAAGACGAGGCCUGUUUGGUAAAAAGACCAUGACACCUAAAUUUCAUGAAGCAGCUCUUGAAGUUCACGGUUUGGGCGACAAUCAUUCUGACGAGGAUGACUUUAAUGACUACGAGAGUCCAAACAGCGGCGGCGAUGACGACGGCAGCAGUCAGAGCGAUUAUGAGAUCCCAAACGACGGCAUGGACGGGACCGAUCACUACGAACUUCCUCCCUCUGAACCCUCGGAGGACCUUGCCCACAAACUGCGUACUGCCCUGCCCCUCGGAGAGGCGGAUUACAUCGAUAACAGGGAUCAACAUGUGCCCUCUAGAGGCCCACCCCCUGCUGUUAGUCCCCGCCCACCUGUUGUCUCACGCCCAACACUGUCACCCUGCAUGCCAGGUAGAGAUCACUCACCGCACUCCAGUAGACGACCAUCAGAGAAGUUGCUCCCAGGACCACCGCAGAUCUUCCGUGGCAACAAACCGGGCCGGAAUUCAUCUCCCAUUCGAGGUCCCAGUGUUGCAGAGAAGCCAGGCAAACCCUCUCGGAGGCCUCAAGUGGAUGUCCCAGAUCCUCCCAGCAGGUCUAAACCUCCUCCUCCUCCUUCCUCCUCUGCCUCCAUCGGAAGGUGCAACUCCUCCGUCGGGCCUCCUCCCAACAGGUUUGACGGAAUGAGGGAGCAAGCACACAAUGACGCACCAAAGUUUACCCUCCCUCAUAAAAAUCUGGCCCCCCGCCCUGCACCACCCAGCCGCUGCGGAGACAGCAGUUUGCCUCCUGGUGUCACUUCUGUCGGGUCACUGCCUCUCAGUGUUCACUCGGCCCCCAACGUUGAAGGUUGGGACGACGACGAAUUUGAUGACGAAGAGUACACUGAUGACUACGAGAAUCCAAACAGCGGCGAUGAGGGCAAUGUUAAGAGCGAUGGUGACGACUCGCCGAAUGAUAACUCGGACUGGGCCGACAAUUACGAACCUCCUCCCUCGGAACCCUCAGAGGACUUGAAUCACAAACCGUGCCCCGCCCUUCCCCUUGGGGAUGGCGAUUACAUCGAUAAUAGGGAUAAACGUGCGUCAAGAGGCCCGCCCCCUGCUGUUAGUCUCCGCCCACCGGCCGCCUCCCUCCCACCUCUGUCGCCCCGCAUGCCAGGUGAGUCGUUGUCCAGUAGAGAUCACUCCCCGCACCGUGCUAGACAACCAUCGGGGAAGUUGCUUCCAGAACCACCGCAGAUUUUCCGCGGCAACAAACCAGGACGAAACUCGUCUCCCAUUCGAGGUCCCAACACAGAGGAGAGGCCGGCCACACAAUCUCGAAGGCCUCAGGUCGACGUCCUAGAUGCUCCCUCGAGGUCCAAACCUCCUGUUCUUCCUCCUCCCUCCUCCGUCUCCAUCAGCAGGAGCAGCUCCUCCGUCAGGCCUCCUCCCAGCAGGUUUGACGGUGUGACACACAGUGAUGCACGCAAACACAGCACGUUUCCCCUCCUCCAGAAAAAUCUGGGCCCCCGCCCUGCACCACCCAGCCGUCAUGGAGACAGUUUGCCUGCUGGCACCACCUCUGUCAGGUCACUGCCUCUCAGUGUUCACACCGGCUCCGUGGAUGAUAGGAGCAACUUUGCUGAAUCAGACCGCUUUCGUUCUCCUCCACAAAAACCAGCAUCAAGACAGGGGUUGGACCCUCGUUGGUAUGUUGGCAAAGUGACGAGAAGUGAGGCCGAAGGGUACUUAAAACAAGUCAACAAGGAUGGGGCGUACCUGGUGAGGGACAGCUCCCACCAACAGUCUAAUCAGCCCUACACACUGAUGGUCCUGCACCAGAACAAAGUGUACAACAUCCAAAUCCGGCAUCAGGACCAGCAGUUUCAACUCGGAACCGGACUCAAGGUUCAAGAGUCUUUCCCGACAGUGUGUGACAUCAUCAAACAUUACUCCCAGUGUCCUCUCCUCCUCAUCGACGCCAAAAAGCGCUGCCAUGGCCAACAGAACCAGUGUCUACUUUCAGAUCCAGCAAAGAAUUACAUGAGCGGGCCGUAGUGAUCUCACAAAGAACUUUACAGUGAACUAGCUGUUAACGUGGCCUUUGCAUGUGUCGCUUCUUUUCUUGAAACUACCAACAUUAAGGCAUUUUUUUUUUUUUUUGACAUUGUAACAGAAUGUUUUCCAGCUUUGGUCCUGUUUUCA